UUCUUCCUCGUGGAUCAGCAGCUCCUCAGUGGAAACAGAGGCAGCAGCGGUGGGCGGGGCUAAACCACAUCUGGAUGAAAAACAUCUGGACUCUCUCUGCACAUACAUGAGAGUCUCUCUCCGUUCAUACCGGAGACCGACCGACGGACUGAACAACCGACGGACCGACCGAGCGCCCGACUGUCCUUUCUUUGCCCGCAGAUGAUGGCUCGGUUCUGGACGUUUUGGACCGGGAUCCUCGUCCUCCUCACUGUGGGCCUUCCAGUCGUCCAGUCCUUCAGCCACCUGAACUCCAACCUGUGUAAGUGGUGUGAGGUGUCCAGUCCCGUGUGUCGAGACAGUGUCUGCAUCAGUAACUGCACCCUGAACUCCUUCUGCGACACCAUCGAGGAGAUCUGCAUCGCCAUAUGGAGGAAAACCAACGACACAAUGACGGUGCACACCAUGUGUCAUAACCCCACUCUGACUCUAGAGGGCGUCGACCCCGACCUCCUGCUGAACUUCACCUCUAGGGAGUGUCACAUGGUGCCACAGCCCGCGGAGGACGGCGCCAUGAUGGUCUGUGGCUGCCAGAACGAACACGAAUGCAACGACAAACUCAUCUUCGACAAGGGAGCCAAUGGAUUCUCCAAGUUGCAGAGUAAAGAUGUCAUCCCGGUGGUGGUGGUCAGUUUGGUGCCUCCUGUCCUGGUGGCCAUAGUUGCCACUGCCGCCUUCUACUUCUACCGCACACGGCGUCCUGACAAACCGGGCCCUCCUGCACGCCCUGACUGGCCCACCAAACGCACCCAAGAGCUCUACCAGGCUUUUGACCUGCCAUGUGGGGGCCUGGGGACUCGGGGAGAGGGUGGAGGAGGUGUGCUGGGACCUGGGGCGGAAAGGGAGGAGUCCAAUGCCAAGCAUCCCAACAAUGAAAUCAUGAGUAACUUGACCGAUUGGCAGGGCCAACUGACUGAACUGCUGCCCAUCAAGCUGGAGGUCCUGGUGGGGAAGGGACGCUUCGCAGAAGUGUGGAGGGCGUGCCUGCUGCAGGGAGAGAAGGGUGGAGUUAACAGUUAUGACACUGUAGCAGUGAAGGUGUUCCCAGCCGUGGAGUAUGCCUCUUGGAGAAAUGAGUGCUCCAUCUUCUCUGACCCCAAGAUGGAGCAUGACAACGUGGUUCAGUUCCUUGCAGCUGAGGAGAGAGGUCCGCCUGGCCUCAGGAAGUACUGGCUGGUUCUGGCCUAUCACAGCCUUGGAAACAUGCAGGACUUCCUCACAGCAAACAUACUAAGCUGGGAGGAACUUGUUGCCAUGGCAGGCAGCAUUGCUCGGGGGUUAGCCCACCUCCAUAGUGACACAACGCUCAGUGGGGUACCAAAGGUGCCAGUUGCCCAUCGGGACCUAAAGAGCAGUAACAUUGUGGUAAAGAGCAGGAGGGAGUGCGCUCUGUGUGAUUUUGGUCUGGCGCUAAGACUGGACCUCUCCCUUACUGUCGACGACUUUGCCAACAGUGGACAGGUGGGGACAGCUCGCUACAUGGCUCCAGAGGUACUUGAGUCCAGGGUGAACCUGGAGGACCUUGAAGCUUUCAAACAGAUGGAUGUUUACUCCAUGUCGCUGGUACUCUGGGAGAUGGCCUCCCGCUGCCACGCCAUCGGAGAGGUGAAGAGCUACGAGCCAGCGUUCGGCUCCAAGGUUUGUGAGCAGCCCUGUGUGGACAGCAUGAGAGACCUGGUGCUGAGGGACCGAGGACGGCCGGACAUCCCCUCAGUGUGGACGCAGCACCAGGGAAUGAGUGUCUUCUGCUCCACCAUCACUGAGUGCUGGGAUCACGACCCCGAGGCCAGGCUGACGGCUCACUGCGUGGUGGAGCGCUUCAACGCCCUGCAGCAGGAGGAGGAGGGAGGAGGGCAGGAGGAAGAGGAGGAGGAGGGACUGAGGAGAGAAGCUGAUGGAGAGGAAGACGGAGAGAGAGAAAAGGACUCAGAGACACCAGACAAGGACCAGAUUCCCUUAACUGGUGCUUCCUCCCCCUGUCCACCCUUCCAGAGUCCUCAGUCAGACUCAAAGAGAGGCGGCACAGCGGUGUCCCAUGAUUCCCUGGUCCACACUGGUUCUGCUGUGUGAGUGGCGGACCUCGUCAUCCCACGCUUUGAGUUGUACGUGCUCUUAUACCCGGCUGAAUUCACACUGCCUGUCUAAUCUUUUGUUUUUCCACCAGCUGUGGACUAAAAAUGUCCAGGAACACGAACCUGCAGGCCCCUCACUGAUACUGUCGUGAUUUCUAUGAGAAAGUAAAACUCAUGCAUGCCAUGACGGUCGGUCUGUUGGUCCAGACUGAAAUAUCUCCACAACUAACUAACUCUUUGUGGCUCAGAGGGAGCUGAGCCGGAAGACUUGAUCUACGUUCCAACCUACGGCCACGAGCUUCAGGUAGUGACCGAAAUAAUGAGAUGGUGAAUACAUGAGGCUGAAGUGAGCUUCCUCUGUGGGGUGUCCGGGCUCAGCUGUAAGACAGGGUGAGGAGCUCGGAUAUCCGGAGGAAGCCAGCCAACAGAGGGCGGUCUUUGUCAUGGCGUUAUGAACUGUACUGAACCCAGUGUCAGCUGGGUGUAUCUGGGGAAACUGGACUUGCAGUUGUAGAUCUGUGAAGACAUUUCACCUCUCAUUGAACCGUCUUGGAUGAGAAGUGAAAUGUCUUCACCCAAGAAAGACGACCUGGAUGACUGAACCUCCACAGGACCCUGAUGAGGAUGCAUUUAUAGAAAACUGAGAGCAGUGAUCUUCAGGUGAUCUUGAAUUGGACGUACACAAUGUGAAGGUCAGAGGAUCAUGAAGGACACCAGCAUUCAACUGGUUCUAAUAGUUGUUGAGAUAUUUCAGUGUGGACCAAAGAGGUGGAUCUGUCAGCACGGCUGACGGUCGGACAGUGUGAACGCUACGGUCAGUACAGCGCUGAACGUGGGACAUGUUUGACGAGAAGUUACCAAAGACUGACUUUGUGCCUUUCACCUGAAACUGUUCUGCAGGCGGAGAUUCAAACCAAAUGUUUGAUUUAUCUGGAGCUGGUCUCCAUGUUGUUGUGGUAUUAUUCUUUAAUAGUUACUGUGAUUAUCGUCGUACUAUAACCUUCUUGUAUGGAUGAACAGGACACGGAGCUUAAAUAUUUACAGCAUGUGAUCGGAGUUUCUUUCUGUUUUUUGAAUCCCAGACGUUUGAAUCAGAUCCGAUAAACACACGUGAUGUUUCUUAUGAUGCGUGACUGACUGAAUACAAACACGGAGCGCUCCAGUGACUGAAGACACUUUACCAAACCACUAUGUGAUGGAAACACAUGUUCA